AUGGGUUCUUUGAUUGAACAUGCCGCAGAGGUUCCUCUGGCUGCCCCUUUGGCUCCUCUUGCCCCAACCAACGAUUUUACUCCCACGCAAUGGAGCGUAUUUCUAGCCAUUGCCGACACAGUCAUCCCGGCGAUUGAUACCGGUGGCUUAUUGUCAGCCCGUGAUGGAUUGGAAAAGAAAUACUAUGGAGAGCAGCCCUCAGAUAUCCCGGCCUUCAGAGAGCUCAUCCGGCGGAUGCUCUUCGAGGGGCUGCCUAAGAGCGAUUCCGACCAGCUUAGGCGCGUCCUAGAUAUACUUAGCUACUCUGCGGGAUCCCUAGUUCUCACAGGCCGAACCAGCGCCAUCAACAACCAGCCUCGGCAUGUACGAGAGCAGAUCCUCCUCUCCUGGAGCCAGUCGCGUUUUGCCGCCUUGCGCCUUCUCCAGCGACAACUUGUUUUCAUCACCAAACAGUGCUGGGCGCGGACAAGCCCGACAUUCUGCAGCUACGUGGGGAUCCCCCGCGUGCCAAUCAACUGCAAAGUGGCCAAGGGGUACGAUUUCGGCUUCCUCCAGAUACCGCCUGGCGAGGAGCCAGAGGUGAUCGAGACGGACGUGGUGAUCGUGGGGAGUGGCUGCGGGGGCGCGGUGUCCGCCCGUGUUCUUGCCGAGGCUGGGCUGAGGGUUCUGGUCGUUGACAAGGGAUAUUACUGGUCCCCGGAGUAUUUCCCCAUGGAACAAGAUACCGGCCCAAUCAAUCUGUUGAUGAAUGGCACUACCGAUGACGGGUCGGUCAUCAUCAUCGCUGGCCAGACUUGGGGCGGAGGAGGCACGAUCAAUUGGUCUGCCUCCCUCCAGCUCCCGGGCUACGUGCGCCGCGAAUGGGCCAACACGGGCCUCCCGUACUUCACAUCUUCGGCAUUCCAGGAUUCGUUUGAACGGGUCUCGGAGGCCAUGUCGGUCUCGACGGAGAACCUGCGCCACAGCAAGCCGAACCAGAAGCUGAUCAAGGGUUGCCAGCGUGUUGGAUGGUCGCAUGCCGAGGUGCCGCAGAACUGUGGUGGGGAGGAUCACUUCUGCGGCCAGUGCGGCAUGGGAUGCCGCUCUGGCGGGAAGAAGGGCCCUACGCAGGUAUGGCUUCCCAAGGCGUCGGCUGCGGGAGCAACAUUCAUGGAGGGCUUCGAUGUGACGAGGGUUACUUUCGAUGACAGCGUCCGAGGGGAGCGGAAGGCCACUGGCGUGGAAGGGAUCUGGAGGCCACGGGCAUCAGAAGCAGUUGGAUUCGACGCAAGCUCGUCGCCGCGCAAGGUUAUUGUGCGUGCGAAGAAGGUCAUCGUUUCCGGGGGGACAAUUCAAUCUCCGCUCCUCUUGCUACGUUCCGGUUUGAAGAACAGACAGAUUGGACGGAACUUGUAUCUUCAUCCGGUCGCUCUACUUGGAGCAGUGUAUGAUGAGGAGAUGGAUCCUUGGGAGGGGCCGAUCAUUUCAGCGGUAUGCACCGAGUUUGAGAAUAUCGAUGGGGCUGGGCACGGGGUGAAGUUGGAGACAACGAGCAUGCUGCCGUGGUCAUGGCUGGUAUGGGUCCCAUGGAAGAAUGGCCCCCAGUACAAAGAGGCGGCCGCCAAAAUGAAGAACACGGCAGGCUUCAUCAGCGUCUCCAAAGACAAGCAUACUGGCCGAGUGUACCCAGAUCCACAAGACGGUCGAUUCCGGGUUGACUACAGCCCAUCUCAGCUGGACAAGAGCCACAUCCUCGCAGGCUUGGAAGCUCUAGCACGGAUCAACUUUGAAGCAGGGGCUCGCGAAAUCUUCUCCUCUGUACCGACACUGGAGAGCUUUGUGCGCAGAGAAGGAGAGGAUGUGGCCACAACCGAGUUGGCUUUUCAGGAGUGGCUUGAGAAACUUCGGUCACAUGGUUUCCCUGCGCCCGAGACUGGGUUUGUAGCGGCGCAUCAAAUGGGCACCUGCCGCAUGUCUGCCUCGCCAAAGAAGGGCGUCGUGGACCCCAAGGGCCAGGUCUGGGGAACGAAGGGGCUCUACGUGAUCGAUGCGAGCGUGUUUCCCACGGCCAGUGGAGUGAAUCCAUUCUUGACUACGAUGGCAAUCGCGGACUCACUCAGCAGGGACAUUGCAAGGGGGUGGUCCAAAGAGAGGUUGUAA